AUGGAGAGAAAUGUUUCUUCAACCACUGUCCAGACUCUACUCCCUCUUAACACCACUGCUGGCACCAAUGCCACAGCAGAACCCUUCAGUGUGUUUUACGGAUGCGACCAUCAGGCAGAGGGUAUUCUCUUUGAUCUGACCUUCCAGAGCAUCAACGUUAUCGUGGGAAUCCCAGCCAACUUACUUGUCAUUGCAAUCCUCAUCCGAAAUCGCAAAGAACCCACAACUUCAGACAUAUUCUUGGGCUGCCUGGCUUUCAUGGAUGUCUAUUUUAGUGCCAUGACCCCUCUCACCUUCCUUAACCUGUACUACUGGCAGAGCAAAGACGUUUGGUUAGCCGCCAAGUUUUCUUAUGGUGUAAAAGACACUAGUGGGCCAUUGUUUCUAUCCUGUAUCUGCCUAGAUCGCUUUGUAGCUGUGAUCUUUCCAGUAAGGUUUGGGCAGUUUAAACCCAUCAUUUAUAGGUUAAGCCUCUCAUUGCUGGUAUUCUGCCUUACCUUUGCCUACUCUGCUGCCAAGACUGUGGGAGGCCUCCCCAACUUUGAAAAGGUGUUCACUGGUGAAAUGCUGGCAGCAUUUACUUGGAUGGUCUUGUGUAAUGUGAGCAUACUGUGGGCCCUGAAGAAGUCCAGCAGGGCAGGAGGGAAAGAUGAGAUGCACCCCAUGAAGAAGAAGGCCUUCAAGACAGUGCUGUCCAUCCUUUGUAUCAUUGUGUUUAACUACCUGCCACCUGUAGCACUGUUUCCUUUUGAAGACGUCUACUCCCCUGAUGUGUUCCGCUGCUACGUGCAGCCUGUGGGCUACGCUUUCCUUAACAUCAGCAGCACCAUCCAGCCGCUUAUCUAUCUAUGUCGUCUGGACAAGGUGCCUUUCUUCUCAGACACCUGCCUGAAAAAGUGCUGUAUCUGUGUUAAUGCAAAGAACAACAAAACCCCAGCUGCACAAAUCCCACCUGCUUAG